AUGGCCAACCUGGCGGUAACAUAUAUGGAACAAGGCCGAUGGGAGGAGGCGGAGCCGCUUAAUGUGCAGGUCAUGGAGACUUGCAAGACGAAGCUAGGCGUGGACCAUCCUGACACGCUGACGAGUAUUUCCAUCUUGGCAUCGACGUAUUGGAACCAGGGCCGAUGGGAGGAGGCGGAGCAGCUCGAGGUGCAGGUCAUGGAGACUCGCAAGACGAAGCUCGGCGUGGACCAUCCUGACACGCUGACGAGCAUGGCCAACCUAGCGUCGACGUAUAGGAACCAGGGCCGAUGGGAGGAGGCGGAACAGCUCGAGGUGCAGGUCAUGGAGACUCACAAGACGAAGCUAGGCGUGGACCAUCCCGACACGAUAAUGAGUAUGGCCAACCUGGCGGUAACAUAUAUGGAACAAGGCCGAUGGGAGGAGGCGGAGCCGCUUAAUGUACAGGUCAUGGAGACUCGCAAGACGAAGCUGGGCGUGGACCAUCCUUCCACGCUGACGAGUAUGGCCAACCUGGCGGUAACAUAUAUGGAACAAGGCCGAUGGGAGGAGGCGGAACAGCUCGAGGUGCAGGUCAUGGAGACUCGCAAGACGAAGCUAGGCGUGGACCAUCCUGACACGCUGACUAGUAUGGCCAACCUAGCGUCGACCCUUUGGAACCAGGGCCGAUGGGAGGAGGCGGAACAGCUCGAGGUGCAGGUCAUGGAGACUCGCAAGACGAAGCUAGGCGUGGACCAUCCUGACACGCUGACGAGUAUGGCCAACCUAGCGUCGACGUAUAGCAACCAGGGCCGAUGGGAGGAGGCGGAGCAGCUUGACGUGCAGGUCAUGGAGACGAGCAAGACGAAGCUGGGCGUGGACCAUCCUUCCACGCUGACGAGUAUGGCCAACCUGGCGGUAACAUAUAUGGAACAAGGCCGAUGGGAGGAGGCGGAACAGCUCGAGGUGCAGGUCAUGGAGACUCGCAAGACGAAGCUAGGCGUGGACCAUCCUGACACGCUGACGAGUAUGGCCAACCUAGCGUCGACGUAUAGCAACCAGGGCCGAUGGGAGGAGGCGGAGCAGCUUGACGUGCAGGUCAUGGAGACUCGCAAGACCAAGCUCGGCGUGGACCUGACACGCUGA